AUGUCAACGUCGCGGCUACCCCGGAUUGCUGCACUUCGCAAGCAUCAGCUUUAUUUGGAAUUCUCAAGUCUAAAGCAUGCCGCCCCUCCUGGCACAUAUGUGAGCAUCGCUCCGAAUGACCCGACUCUGUGGAUCGGCGUCAUUUUUGUACGCUCUGGUCCCUAUGCCAGCGCUGUCCUCCGCUUCCAGAUUCGUUUCCCUUCGUCAUAUCCCGACCUACCGCCUCUGGUCACCUUCGCGACCGAUGUGUUUCAUCCACUCAUUGUCCCUCUCACCACUUAUACAUUUAGUACAAAUGCGUCCAGCGAAGACCCCGUGAGCGCGACGGACGAAGAGCGAUUACCCCCAGGCGGGUUCAGCCUCCGUCACGGAUUCCCACACUGGUUCGGGCGGGACAAGCGCAAUGGUACUGGUUCAAAUGCCUCAACAAGUGCAAGUAGCGUGCGUGGCGCAAAUGUUGAAGGCGAAGCAACGGAUGCAGCCAGCAAGGAUGGCUCUAUUGAUAAAGAGGUAGAACCCUCAUCACCUAAACCACAACCCGAAGGCGAAGAUGACGGGACUGCGGAUCAGAAAAACGAUGCUGCGUUUGUGCCUCAACGAGAAGACAAGGUUCAAUCUGUUCCGGUGUCAAUCCUAUUGGACUACAUUCGCUCUACGUUUGAUGACGAGACCGUUCUCGACUCUUUGCCAUUGGAGGCUGCUGGUAACCCGAGUGCCUGGCAUGCAUGGAAAGCCCAUAGAAAGGACAGCGUCAAUUCCAGCUUAGGAUAUAAUGCCAAACGGGGGAGCCCACAGACACGACUCCCUGGAGACUGGCAUUGGGACGGAAUUUGGGCGAAGCGGGUUCAACACGAGGUUGAAGCUAGUCAUUCGGAAUCAACACUGUUUGGCAAUACUGCCCGAGGAACUGAUGAAAUGCAGAUACGGUUUUCCCGAUUAGACGAUGCCACAUUGGCAUCGGUUAAGAAUAUGAUCGUUCCAGCAGUGGAGGAGGCGCAUGAGUAA